AUGAUGCGAAUUCAACAAGUCCGGGCUAUGCUUGGAAAGACCUCAUCGACAAAAUGCAUCGGAAAUGCCCUCAUGAAGCGCUAUUCUUCGUCAAGCUCUGGCGUGAAAGAAAUGACCGUCCGUGACGCUUUGAACAGCGCUAUGGAAGAGGAAAUGAGACGUGAUGAGCGCGUUUUCUUAAUGGGUGAAGAAGUUGGUCAAUACAAUGGUGCUUACAAAGUUUCUCGUGGGUUGCUUGAUAAGUUUGGUCCCAAACGUGUCAUUGAUACUCCCAUUACCGAAAUGGGUUUCACCGGUUUGUCUACCGGUGCUGCCUUUGCAGGCUUGCGUCCCAUUUGUGAAUUCAUGACUUUCAAUUUUUCCAUGCAAGCUAUUGACCAUAUUGUCAACUCUGCUGCUAGAACCAAUUACAUGUCUGGUGGUAAACAGGCUUGUCCCAUUGUUUUCCGUGGUCCUAAUGGUCCUGCUGCUGCCGUAGCUGCUCAACAUUCUCAACAUUUUGGUCCUUGGUACGGUUCUAUCCCCGGCCUCAAGGUUAUCUCUCCUUAUACUGCCGAAGACGCUCGUGGUAUGUUAAAGGCUGCCAUUCGUGAUCCCAACCCUGUUGUGGUUCUUGAAAACGAACUUCUUUACGGAAAGAGCUUCCCUAUUUCCGAAGAAGCUUUGAGCGAGGACUUCCUUAUUCCCUUCGGUCUUGCUAAGGUUGAACGCCCUGGUAAAGACAUUACUAUCGUCGGUGAAUCCCUCUCUGUCACAACCGCCCUUGAAGCCGCCGACAUCUUGAAGGAGAAGCACGGUGUUGAGGCCGAAGUCAUCAACUUGCGUAGUAUUCGCCCUAUUGAUAUGGACACAAUUGUUGAAAGUGCCAAGAAGACCAACCGUGUCGUUACCAUUGACCAGGCCUACAGCCAACAUGGUCUUGGUAGCGAAAUCGCUGCUCAGCUUAUGGAAUCCUCAGCCUUUGAUUAUUUGGAUUCUCCUGUUGAACGUGUGGCUAUGGCUGACGUUCCUAUGCCUUACAGUACUUUUAUUGAAGCUGCAACUCUCCCCAACGCAGACGUUCUUGUUGCCGCCGCUGAAAAAUCUCUAUAUAUUAAGAAUUAA